AUGUUACAAAAUAAAAAUCACAAGCAUUUUACGUUCGUCGUGGUCCUACACACGUUCCAGUUUUCGUCCAAACUCACAGAAACGUCAACAUUUGUAUUUCGUUACGUAAAUGGCUAAUUACACCACUCAUAUUUAACCAAAAUAUUUCCUACAUUCGAUACAGAUUUAUAUUCGCAAAAUAAUGGCAAACAAGGACAGAAACAAAACGCUUUUGCUGGAAUUGGGGAAACUGCCAGAAAACAACCAAUGCGCAGACUGUAGCGCGCCGGAUCCUGACUGGGUGUCCUAUAAGCUGGGUGUAUUUGUGUGUCUGAACUGCUCUGGAGUGCACCGCAACCUGUCCAACAUCAGCCGCGUUAAAUCCAUACGGCUCGACUUCUGGGAUGACGAGCUAGUGAAGUUCAUGAAAACCAAUGGAAAUGCCACAGGCAGAGCCACCUAUGAGAAAGCAGUCCCAGCAUUCUACUACCGGCCCCAGCAAGAAGACUGUGCCGUCUUAAGGGAGCAGUGGAUAAGAGCAAAAUAUGAGAGGAUGGAAUUUACCGGCGAGACAAAGUAUCCCCCACUGGCCUACACGACAGCAGAGCAUCGUUCACGUUUCUAUGAAGGGAUGCUGUGGAAGAAGGGGAAGGAGAAGGGACAGUUUCAGAGAAGGAAGUUUGUUCUGUCUGAGAAGGAAUUCACCCUGGCUUACUUCAACAAGGAGGAUCCGUCCAAAGGGCCCAAAGCGCUCAUCUCCAUCAAAGACGUGAAUGUGACCUUUCAACCUGAGAAAAUUGGUCACGCCCAUGGUCUGCAGAUUACCUACCAGAAAGACAGCCACACCAGAAGUAUUUUUGUCUACCACGAAAGUGGAGAGGAGAUUGUCAACUGGUUCAAUGCCAUUCGAGCUGCUCGCUUUGCCUACCUGAAAACAGCAUACCCCACAGGAAGUGAUAAAGAAUUGAGGACUAGAAUUACCAGAAACUACCUCAAAGAAGGAUACAUGGAGAAGACAGGUCCUAUGCAAAAGGAGACGUUCAAAAAGAGAUGGUUCAUCUUGGACUCCCAAGACAGGAAGCUCCUUUACUUCAAAAGCCAGCUGGAUGCUGAGGAGCUGGGAGUUGUGUUCAUCGGCACAGACACCAAUGGUUACUCAGUGAGUGAGUGCAUUCCCAAAAGGACCAGAGGCAACCGGUGGAGGUGUGGAGUCACAGUGGACACGCCGGACCGCCAGUUUGUCUUCAUGUGUGAGCAGGAGAGGGAACAGAGAGAGUGGGUGGAGGCCCUCAGACAGGUCAUCUCUAAACCCAUGCAGCCCCAGGACUACACCACUGAAGCCAACAUCCGAGGGAAGAGUUGACUUUCGAGAGAGAGCUGAGGGAAGAGUUGACUUUCGAGAGAGAGCUGAGGGAAGAGUUGACUUUCGAGAAAGCGUUGACUUUCGAGAAAGCGUUGACUUUCGAGAAAGCGUUGACUUUCGAGAGAGAGAUUCCACCAACAUUGGCUGCAAAACCCACUCUGAAGACUCAUCUACACUGAACAAAAAUAUAAACACAACAUGCAACAAUUUCAAAGAUUUUACUGAGUUACAGUUUAAAUAAGGAAAUCAGUCUGUUGAAAUAAAUUAAUUCAGACCUAAUCUAUGGAUUUCA